AUGCCCGACGCCCGGGCCGCCUUCAACCUCCUCCACUCCCGCUUCCCCCCUAAUUCGAGAACCUUGAACACGCUGUUGCUGGGGUUUAAGCUCUCGGGGAAUUUACUCGCGUUUGAUCUGUUCUACAACGAUGCGGUCGUCAGGGGGUUCGAGCCUGACGUUGUCACUUACAACAUCAGGAUUGACGCGUAUUGUAAGAAGAGGAGGUUGGACGAGGCUGUUCUGACGACGCUGAUACACGGGGCGGGGAUCGCGAGGAAUCCCUUCCGCGCGCGAAGGGUGUUUGAUGAAAUUACCGAGAGAGGGUUGGAGGUUGAUAGGGGGGCUUAUAACGCGCUUAUGGGAGCCGUUGUUAGGGUUGGAGAUUUGAAGGGUGGGGUUGGGAUAAUGGAUGAGAUGGAGAGGAAAGACGUUGGGGUUGAUGAUGUGAGUUACUAUACUUUGUUUUGUGGGAUGAAGAAGGCCGGAGAUUUCGAUGGGGUUUGUGAGGUUUAUAGGAAGAUGAAGGAGAGGGACUACGUGCCUAGGGUUCGAACGGUGAUGCUCUUAAUGAAGUAUUUUUGUGAGAAGAGGAGGUCGGACUUAGGGCUAGAGAUGUGGGAUUAUUUGGUGGAUAAAGGGUGUUGCCCUCAUCGGCACGCGUUGGAUUUGUUGGUGAUUGGAUUGUGUUGCAGUGGGAAGGUGGCGGAGGCGUUCGAGUGUUUUAAGCAGGUGGUUGAGAGAGGGAGAUUGCCAUCGGAGAGGAGCUUUAUGGUGUUGGAGGGGGCUUUGGGCAAGUUGAAGGAGCUGGAGAAGGUUGAAGAGAUGAAGAAGAUGAUGGAGAGCCUGGGAGGGAUCGGGGAGUCUCAGUCGAUGGACCAUGAUGAGGAGGAGGAGAGUUUUUCUGACUGUAAAUAG